UUCUCUUGGGGGAGGGGGGUUACCCUACAGCUGGGGGAGUUAGCAUCAAUGCUAAAAAGUGUAAAGUCAUUGUAAAGACUGUUGUCGCUCUGUCAUCGACUGAGAAAAUUUCCACACACUCCUCCAGACAGUAUCAGGGCAUCAUGACCUCCGUUUUUUCCAUUUGCAUCGUAUUGGGUUCCAUGUGUGUGAGCCUCCUCUCUGCAGAAGCUGAGAUCACUGUAUCUGGCCAAGUGGGGUCUACAGCUGUCCUGCUGUGUGAACUGCAGCGUGUAGGCACUGAAACACCGCAUAUUAGGUGGUCCAUCAAAUCUGAGAUUGUGUUUGAGCAUGUUUUGGGUAAGGAGAGCUAUCAGGGUGAGGGAUAUGAGGGCCGUGUGGACGUCCCUGAGGAAGAGCUGCGUAAGGGGAACUGUUCCUUGGUGUUGCGCAAUCUGACACUUAAUGAUGAAGGUGUCUACACGAGCUACCAGAUAGUGAGACGCUCCAAGAGAUCUAUCAUGACAAAAAGAGAAGAUAUCAGCCGUGUUAAACUCUCAGUCCAGGAAAAACCUCCUGAAAAGAAAACUGAAAUUCCCACAGAUGAUGCAGGAAUGAAGUGUCCUCACCCACCGAUCAUGGUCUUGUCCCUCAUAUCAUGUUUACUCCUCCAGUUCUUCUUUGCGUAAACCUGAGUGUGAAUUAGAGCUGUGCACAGGACUGUGUCUUUAUGCCUCCAGCACCACAUGGUGGAAGUGUUAUGUUUUUGUGUUGUUCUGUUCGCCUGCUUGAAUACACAACCUCCUGUCAGUCUGUGUGUUAUCUUUCAGAAGGUCAGAGCCCAAGCAUAUAGGGAGGGUCAGACAAAGAUCAAUCCUAAUGACCCCCAUAAAAGGUACAGGAAAGAGAGAAAAGAAAUGUACCCUGUCCACUUUAGGGUUACGGGAACCCAGCCCUGGAGCCAGGCCACAGGCAAGCGUCUGGUGACUGGGCCCCCCACAUAACCCAGUCGCUCUUAUCCUGAAAUGCUGAUGUGGAGCCAUUUUGUGGGCUUAAGACCUUCAGAAUGAAAGGUGGGAGUCAGUCAGAAAACUUAAAGUUAGUUUUACCUCUGACUUACAACUCUGACUGGAGAUUCCUUCCAUAAAUAUCAAGAAAUUGUCCCUACAUAAACAACAGAUUAAUAUAAAAUGGUGAUUUGCAGCUGAACUUCUGUCAGAGCUGCUGUUACAGAGCAUUUUAUAUCAUCAAUUAGAAUCCAGAAUUCAACAGUAUAAAAGAUUAAAAUAGCAAGACACAGCAAAAAAACUAACAUCAGCUGUUUUUAAGUAGUUAACUAGUUAACAUAAAUAAAAUGAAAACUAGUUUAUAACCCUCACUGUAGACAAACCUGCAUUUAGAAAGUGUUAGCCAGUAGAAAAAAUAGAAAACAGGGUGAGCUAUGAUCUCUUCCUGGAGAAAUAACAGAAGAAGUGAUUAUUGGGAAGUGAACCUCAUUUCUGGCCAAUGUGUAAAAACAUUUGAUGCUUGUGACUUUUUUGUUGGAUGCCACUGGAGCCCAGUCAUGAUGCACAGCUCUAAUGUGACUUGUUUAUUGUGACCUGUGGGAACAGUAGGAUGCCAUUUCAGACAUGGAAAAAGUGUACAUAGCUAAGGCCAAAUCCCAAAUAGCUUCCUACUCUUUACAUAGCUGCACAACAAUGAGUUGUACACAAACACAAAUUUUUUUGGACCAGUUUUAAACAUAACUGGAAGAUAUAAGAACGUAUAUUGAAUCUAUCUUCUGUACUGCUUAAUAAGGUGUAGUGACACAAGUUACAUUUUUGUUGCAGAUGGUUUGAUGAUAUUGCUUUUGGCAGUGCUGUCCGACAGCUACAUAGACACUUAAUUUCAUUAGCUUCAUUACACAAGCUAACCUGUUAGAAGUUUUCCUACAUCACAGUUGAAGUAUUAUUCUCAGGGUUUGCUGUUAAACUGCAAUGACUGUAAGUGAUAUCCAUGACUGUAAGUGUUAUUGUUACUGAUGCUGUAUAUAAUCACUUUUGCUAAUAAAGGCACUUUGCUGAACAAGGAAUAA